CAUACAAAAAUUGUUUACUUUGGGGAAGUAGAGUCAUCAUCCCUGUAGCUGCCAGAAGUCAAGCGUUGGCCAUGCUACAUACCACUCAUCCAGGAAUAGUUCGUAUGAAAUCUUUGGCACGCAGCUAUAUGUGGUGGCCCAAUAUGGAUUCCGAAAUAGAAGCUAUAGUCAAGAAUUGCAAUGUCUGCCAAUCUCAUCAAAGAGAUCCACCGAAGGCGCAGUUACAUCCAUGGGAAUGGACGUCAACCCCUUGGGAACGUUUACAUAUUGACCAUGCUGGACCGUUUCAUGGGGCCAUUUUCUUGAUAGUGGUGGAUUCCCAUUCCAAAUGGCUGGAAGUUCGAAGAGUGCCAUCAACUUCUUCGAAAGCAACAGUUUCAGUCCUAAGACAAAUAUUUUCAACUCAUGGACUACCAAAGGUCAUCGUAAGCGACAACGCGACAUCUUUUACAUCAACAGAGUUUACGGAGUUCUUGUCGAAAAAUGGAAUUCGACAUGCACGAAUCGCACCUUAUCAUCCUUCAUCCAAUGGCCAAGCCGAACGGAUGGUACAGGAGGUUAAACGAAAUCUUUCCAAGAUGGGGGAGGGAGACUGGGAAAUCAAGUUGGCCAGGUACCUUUUGGGACAACACACAACUCCAUCAACCACAACAAAAACCAGCCCCGCAGAAAUGCUGAUGAAAAGGCGUCUACGAACACACUUGGAUCAGAUCCAUCCUGAUUUUGCUUCGGUCAGAAAGCAAUAA